AUGGUCUCUUUCAACUUACUCCUGGCGCUUUGCGCGCCGACUUUGGCAUUGGCCACACCUCUCUCCAAAAGCUGCAAGGCGUUCCCCGGCAACUCAGGAUGGCCGUCAAGUAAUGAGUGGUCUCGACUGAACAAGACAAUUGAUGGUGCUCUCAUCAGGCCAAACCCUCCCGGAGGUGUUUGCCAUGACGGGCAGCCAAACUACAACAAAGAUCAAUGCCCUAACGUUCAGCAAGAGUGGAGAACCUUCGAGUUCCAUGCUCAGGAUCCAGUCUCUGUUAUGUGGGACCUGUGGGCAAAUUAUACUUGUCUCCCAUUUGAAGACUUUCCUUGCAGCGGAGCAGGUUAUCCGUCUUAUGUGGCUGAAGUUGCUACAUCGAAGCAUGUCAAGGCUGCUGUCGACUUUGGUAAAACGGCCUCAGUUGACACACACCUCACAGCCCGGGAACAAAACGUUCGUCUCGUAGUCAGAAGCAGCGGACAUGACUAUCUUGGGCGCUCAGUUGGGUCGGGUGCUCUCUCCAUCUGGACGCACCACCUCAACAAGAUCCAGUACCACAAAGGCCAAUUCAAGCUCUCCGGAUCAGGCAAGACCAUACGCGGUGACGCCAUCACUGCCGGGGCUGGCACAGCCAUGCUUGAUCUCUACAAUGUUGCUGCCCAAAAUGGUCGCACUGUUGUAGGCGGCGGGGCCAAGACCGUGGGGCUGGGUGGCUACGUGACUGGAGGUGGCCAUUCAAUCUUGGCCCCUCACUAUGGACUGGCAGCAGACAAUGUCCUGGAAAUGGAAGUCGUUACGCCUAAUGGAGAUAUAAUCACUGUCAAUGAAGACAGGCACUCAGACUUGUUCUGGGCGAUACGUGGUGGAGGAGGAUCGACCUUUGGGGUUCUGACCUCGGUCACGGUCAUGACACAUCAAUCCAAGAAGCUCACCAUGGUUUCCUUCAUGGCUUUUACUCUCCCUCAAGCACCCUUUGCCUUGGAUCUCGUCACCUGGGCCACUUCUCAAAUCCCUUACCUCUCGGACUCCGGCUUGUCGGGCUAUCUUAUGGCCACCGUGGACUCACCGCCACCCGUUCCAAUCCCCGGUCUUCCAGAGAGAGUCGCUGGCCUUAUGGGUAAGACCAUCAUACUUGAUACCCAGGAUACGGCAAAGAUCAACAAGAUCUUUCAACCUCUGAACGAGACUAUCCAGAAGCGUUGGCCAGGUCAGGUCACUCUUCUUGUUCUCACUCAACCAUACGACUCAUUCGCGGAUUGGUACAGCGAGAAUUUUGAUGAUGGUCAAGCUGGAGGCUCAGUGUAUCUCAUUUCACGGCUGCUGGACAAGGAUACACUGACCAAGGAUCUGGAUGCACUAGCUGAUGCGCUCAAACCAAUCCUCAUCAAUGAUGGUUGGCUGGGAACAUACAUGGUAGCUGGAAAGGGAGUCAACAAGGCAAAGCCCCGUGGGGGAGGAAAUGCUGUUCAUCCAGCAUGGCGAAAGGCCUACAUUCAUGCCAUCCACUGGCUUGGGUGGGGGUAUCCGCCUUUCGAUGAAACAGCUGAGGGAAGGACCCGAAAGAUUCUUAACGAUAGAUUCCAGGCCCUUCGGGAGCUCACUCCUGGCGGUGGUUCGUAUAUGAACGAGGGUUUCCCAUUCGAGGAGGACUGGCAGCAUACCUUCUGGGGCGACAAUUACGAGCGUCUCCUCAAGAUCAAGCGCAAGGUCGAUCCGAAAGAUGUUUUGUGGUGCACACCUUGUGUGGGCAGUGAAGGCUGGGAGGAGAAGAGCGACGGUCGCCUUUGCAGGGUGUAG